CUGCUCCUUCCCACUCGUCGCUCUGACAAGAGGGCCUGGCGAUAGACUUUGCACAACUUCGUGCUGAAGUUUGCCUCCUUUACCGCUCAGUUCUUUGCACCUUCAGACUCUCUUACCGACAAAAAACUGAACUGGUUUGAGCUUCCACCCUCAGUUCCUUCAGCUUGCUGAGGACUGUGGGCAUUGUUGACGCCGCCUUCCUCUUGUUUCCCUGCAGCAAGCGGAGGAGGUUGUGCAGACAGAGAGCUCCCAGCAGCACCUCCUGCAGCCCAGCGAUUCAUCUGAGAAGCAGCAGCCCAAGAGAUUACAUGUGUCCAACAUACCUUUCCGCUUCCGAGACCCUGACCUUCGUCAAAUGUUUGGGCAAUUUGGCAAGAUUUUAGACGUGGAGAUUAUUUUUAACGAGCGAGGCUCCAAGGGCUUUGGGUUUGUAACAUUUGAAACGAGCGCAGACGCUGACCGUGCGCGGGAGAAACUAAAUGGUACAAUCGUAGAGGGACGCAAAAUAGAGGUCAACAAUGCCACAGCGAGAGUGAUGACCAACAAGAAAGUAGCAAACCCUUACACAAACGGCUGGAAGCUCAAUCCAGUGGUUGGAGCUGUGUACAGUCCAGAAUUUUAUGCAGUGACAGGUUUUCCGUACCCCAGUGCAGGCGCAGCCGUGACCUACAGAGGGGCCCAGUUGAGAGGGAGGGGUCGGACGGUCUACAACACGUUCCGCGCCGCGCCUCCUCCGCCACCGCUCCCUGCGUAUGGAGCUGUGGUUUACCAAGAUGGCUUCUAUGGAACAGAAAUAUAUGGAGGAUAUGCAGCUUACAGAUAUGGCCAGCCAGCUAGUACUGCAGCAGCUGCCUACAGCGAUAGUUAUGGCAGAGUCUAUGCAACAGCGGAUCCAUAUCAUCACACGAUCGGUCCUACAGCCACAUACAGCGUGGGCACUAUGUAAAUAAACGAAUCACUAGUGGGACAUCAGCUAAAAAAAGAGAGCAUGGACACAGAAGGACAGAAAAAAGAGCAACUGACACAAAAAGAGCAGAUUUGCAAAAGGAGCCUUUCGCGGUGUGACAGGAGGCGAGGAGGACACUUACUGUAUGGAGCUCCGAGGCCGGAGCUUCUAGUCCACGGGGACAAGUCCCUUCUGGCUCUAACCCCUAAAAACCAGGCCUUGCUGACUGAAGGAGAACAAUUAGACAGAUUAUCAUAAAAACAUUUUAUUUUUGUAUACUUUUUUAAGUUUAUGAUAUCCAAAAAAAGCUAACUAAUGUAUGUAUAUACAUAUUAUAUGUGUGUAAUAUAGUAUGUAUGUUUAACAAAAAAGGAAAAUUGUUAUUGCAAUGUAGAAGAAGGAGGUAAAUGAUGCCUUCUUCUGCUUCGUCCUUUGAUUGUCCACCUCCCUCCCCCAUCGCCCCCUGCUGGAUGGGGCAGGAGCCAUGGGGAGUGGGCAGACCAGGGGGAACAGGUCCAACAGACAUGUCACUAUGUGAUUGUUAUGGGAAAACGGAGCAGUCUUUAUUCGAAGCGUUUCCAGCCUGUCUUCCACUAACUGACUGCGGUAGUGUAGUUUCUACUUUUCUGGUUAGUUUUGUCAAGUAGUCAGCAUUUUGUGGAUUCCAGAAAAAAAGAAGCAUAUGAAUAAAAUACAUAUUCUUACAUUUGUCUGUGCAAAUAGAACUAAGAGGGAUGGAAUUAAACCUUUCUAUUCGUAUGGAUCUCUACUUUAGUGGCAUCCUUCUGUAUUCAAACAUUGUACUAAUAACAUGCUGUCAGGUAUGGAUGGAGAGUCAGUUGUAGCCAUUUACUAAUGUUGUAUUUAUUGUAUUACCAGUAAAAAACAUUUAUAUAUAAAUAUAGAUAUAUCUAUUUGUGGUCUGCAAUUCUUGCCCUUAGUUUUUAAUUGUCAUGCAGGAUCCAAUGCACUGUCAAUGUUUGUUCAGUUUUCUACUUGUGUGAAGUUCUGUUGACAUUUCUAUGGUUUUGUUUUUCUUUAGUUCAGCUACUGAAUGUAACUUCGAAAACUCUUAAACUUUUUAGGUAGAUGUUUUUAUAUACAUACAGUAAUCUGUAAAUUAUAAACAUGUAGAUGAUAUAGCAAAAUGUUUCUGACAAUAUGCUGGACUUCUUCUUCUUCUGAUGACCCAAACAGACUGUAAUGCCUUGGCCAGACGAGAAGAAAAGAGAGGAAGGAAAUGAGAAAAAAAAUGGAGGCGGACGAGGGAAGCAUUUAAAAAUAACACCAGUUCUCUGCAGCCUUAGGGAUCUGGAGGGAGAGACUUCAAUGUAAAUGCUACGGGAUCAGUCCCAAUCUUUGUCAGCCAGGGGUUUGAAAAAUGUAUAAACGCAAGGAGACGUGGCGCAGAAAAAGACGGGGAAAGUAAAUAUAUUUCAAAUGGCGGAAAUAACAGACACUUCCAUUUGUCUCUGAGAACAGACGCUGGGUCUCCACUGUAGAGCUUCCUACUGCAGGUCAAAACCACGGAGAGUCUGAUCUACCUUCUUUACCU